CCGAAUUCUCGUGUUUAUAAAUGCUAUAUUAACGAAAUGGUAAAAUAGUUUCAAUGUUGCAUUUAUAAAAAUAUUUGAUGCAUAGUCUUCGUGUUUUAGGGGAUUCACCGCUAGGAAAACCACAGUUCCGCCUUUCGCGUUUCCUUUAUUUAUAUUUUUACGUAAUCUGUGGUAAUUAUUAUGCUUGAGAGAAUUUCAAAACAGAGUGCAAAUUGAAUAAGAAAGCUUAAUUGGGAACAGAUCUACACAUGAAAAUGUCUUCAUCUAAGUUUCUAAGCUGUGAUGGACAUUUUGACUUCAUCAUGGACAUGCUUGUCAAGCAACGAAGCAAUAAACGUUAUUGUGACGUCACACUGGUAGCAGAAGGACAAAAAUAUCCUGCACAUCGAGCAAUUCUAGCUGCAAGUAGCAAUUAUUUUGACACUAUGUUCAGUAGUCAGAUGAAAGAGGAAUUUGAAAGAGUGAUCAAAAUAAAAGAAGUAACAAAAGUUGCAAUGGAGCAAGUGAUCACUUUCAUUUAUACGAACAAAGUUUUAUUAUCGGAGGAAAAUAUUGAUGAAGUUUUGCAUGCAGCUUCACUGAUGCAAGUACAAGAUCUACUUGCUUUAGUUAUUCAAUUUCUCUCGAAUGAAAUCUGUCCAUUGAAUUGUUUGCAUUACCGUCAACUUGGUAAGUUGUAUUCUCUCAAUGAUCUUGUAUUGGAAUGUGAUCGGUGCAUUUGUGAAAAUUUCGACCAAGUUUCAACUCAACAAAAGUUUUUUGAAAUGGAUGAAGUGGAAAUGGAGAAAUUAAUUUCUUCUGAUGAAUUGGUGAUAGAGUCUGAGGAAGUUGUUUAUGAGUGUAUGGUUGGUUGGGUGAAACAUCAUCUUCAGACAAGAAAACAAUAUUUCCCAACUCUGUUCAAACAUCUAAGAUUGCAAUAUGUGAGACUUGAUUAUUUAUCCAGGAACAUCAAAAAAGAGGGACUUGUCCGUGAAUUUCUUGAUUGCAGAGAUUUGGUUGAAGAUGCUUUUUAUUUUCAUGUAAAACCAGAUUUGUUUGAAAAACAGAAACCAAGAAAAAGUUGCUACCCAUGCAAAGAACUUAUAUUUAUUCCAAACAAGCAGCAAAACAUAGCGAGUUACAAUAUGACUGAAAAGAAAUGGUCAUCACUGCAAGUUGUUGGUGAAUCUGAGCAACAUGUGAUGUUUAUUGGCCAUGAUGAGAUGGUGUAUUGCUUUGGUUACAUCUAUGAAAAUGGUGCUUACAAGACAAAUAUUUCGAAACGCUUUAAUGGCAUUAAAUGGGAGAACCUUGCACCGAUGGUAAACCGUCAUUCUGAAGCAGCUGUUGCUUCAAUAGAAGGUGAAAUAUUUGUCUUCGGUGGAUUGUCAGACGUGCAAGGGAAUGUGGUAUAUUUUGCAAAUACCAUUAUCAAAUAUAAUCCCAUCAACAAUACUUGGGUUAAAGUUGGACGUCCAAAUUCAUUUCAAACAAAGGCAUCUGCAGUUGGGGUUGGAGAUGUUGCAUAUCUUUGUGGAGGUUAUGAACAGGGUAAUGGUGGACAAAGAAAUACUACAACAGUUUGUGCAAAAGUUGAAGUGUAUGACUCUGUAAGUAAGACAUGGAAAGCAGGAAACAACAUGUUGGAAGGAAGAGCUUCGUGUGCUGUUGUGCAUUUUGAUGGAAAAAUAUUUGUGUUUGGUGGAUAUGGUUCAAACAACACUCUAUUAACAAGUGGUGAAUUCAUGAACAUUGCUGAUGGAGUAUGGACGAUGUUAACAAACAACAUUCCUUUUCAACUUGGUGAAGUUUCUGCUUGUUGUGUUGGUCACCAUGUUGCAAUGUAUGGAAGUUCCAAACCUGGACAUAUUGUAUUGUACAACACAAACAAUGAUGAAUGGAAAAUUUUUGUGGAAGAAGGACAGAAUUUGUUCAAUGGAAGAGGAUGCUUGAUGGCAAAAUAAAAACAGCCCAAUUUAUAAAUUCGUAUCCAAUUAUACCAGCACUAUUUUGGUAUGAUGUUGCAUUUUAAAUUUAAAUCUUCUUUACUUGGGGAUACUAACUUACUAAGUUAAAGGGCGAUACCAAUGAAAAAUUUAAAUUUAUAUGGAUUUUAUACGGAUGCCGCUUGCUAUCCAAAUUUCUGUGACUGAAUUUCAAAAAUAUUUUCCAAACAUUAAAUUGUUAUUAUAUCAGUAAUGUAUGUUUGAAUUGCCCAUAAGGUAUAAACUAUUGAGUUAAAAACAAGCCUUCCAAAGUUUGGCAUUAUAUUCCUACAAAACUAAGUGGGACACAAAGUUGAAAGUUUUUAUAUUAAUAUUAUUCUACCAUGGAAAAAAUGUUGUUGGCCUUUGAGUAAGAUCGAAUUUUACUUCCCGACAACAGUAAUCAUCUUUUCUGCGCACUGUGUUUGACCGUGAGAAUAAUUUUGAACAAUAUUGAAACAUUUUUUUUUCGUCUAUUAUUAAAUGGUUCAGUAGCGUAAAUAAGAUUUAGGAAGAAGUCCCAUCUUACCACAAGUCCUGCCUUACCCCACUCUACUGUACAUAAACUUAUAUUUGGUAUUUUUUAGUUAUAUAUUUUUCUUAGGUAUGUUUUUGUGUACUUAUAUUUACUAAUAAAUUUAACAUGGCUUAAGCAACAUGAUGUAACAUGGAUGAAGAUCUAAUAUGUGUUGUAUACAUUAAGAAAACUUAAAUUGCUCACAUUAUACCGAACAUAUAAACUGUAAACUAUAACAUUUAUAUUCACGUACAUGUAUUGUUUAUGUAGAAGUCGCCGUUUUAUAUCUUUAUGUUGUUUUCUUUACAAACAGAAUUUUUAAACCUAAGUAACUCUGCUUUAAUUAUAUUCCACCAAAGCACAGCAUCCUUCUUCAGUUCAACUGUAAGCUUUGCUCUUUCCACAAGCUUGCUCACUUUUUAAAGCAUGCUAACAAGUGUUAUUAAAUGUGUUCUCAAGUUCACCAUAUGCUAUACAACCCACGCGUAAAUGCUUUCGGCUGUGUAGUUGGUAUGCAUUAUUGGAUGACUCCAUUGAUCAAAACAUCACAGUAUACACUAAGCCGACUAGUGGAUUACUAUUAUUUGUCUGAUUUGUAAUCGAGUAUGACAUUUACAAUAAAGUAAAAGCUUCGGACUGA